AUGACAAAUAAAGAAUGUUCGAAGUGUGAGGCAAUGUUGGGUGAAUGGCACUUAGCAUUUGAGAAGAUGGAAAAAUUGGCCACAAUGUUUAUGGAAGAUGCCAUGAUGAAAGCAGAGAAAAGAGUAAAAGAAGAAGAAAAAGAUCAUGAUAAAGGAAAAGACCAAGAAGAGGAAGAGAAAGAGGAAGAUCAAGAGGAAAAGCAAGAGGAAGAGGUUCACAAAAGUGAUGAUGAAUUUAAAGAAGUAGAGUGGGUGAAAGUGGAAAAAGAUGAGGAAGAGGUUCACACAAGUGAUGAUAAAUUCAAAGAAGUAGAGUGGGUGGAAGAGAAAGAGAAAGAGGAAGAGGAGGAAGAUGAUGAGGAGUCUACGAUUUCGGAGUGGCUAAGUAAGAAGACGAAUAAAGAAUGUUCCAAGUGUGAGGCAAUGUUGGGUGCAUGGCACUUAUCAUUUGAGAAGAUGGAAAAAUUGGCCACAAUGUUUAUGGAAGAUGCCAUGAUGGAAGCAAGAAAAAGAAUGCAGAUGAAACUGCCGGAAGAAGGUGUAGAUGAAACUGUCGGAAGAAGGCGUAGAUAG